AGAUUCGCAAAGGAGUACUAACCUUCUGCCUGUAACAGGUCCUGGUGCAAAUUCUACAGAAGUUCGCAUUAACCUUCCACCUGUAACAGGUCCUAGUGAGAGGAUUAAUGAUCCUAACAAAGUGUCCUUAGCAAAUUUUCAUUAUGAUGUAUUGU